AUGUCAAACUUGAAAUGGCACAGCAUCGACAGGAAAGCCUGCGCGAUCACGAAAGUGAACAACAGGUUCACGCACACGGUGACGCUCUGCCCUGCCGACCGCGUCUCCAGCGGGAAAGUCUCGCUUGGGAUCAGCCACCCCAACGGACCCCACGACCACGCGAACGCCGACACGAACGUGCACACCAUGAUCAACGACUCUUCCCUCCAUCUCCACGGCACCAUCCUCCUCCACAAACCCGCCCCGCCGCGGCGCCGCCUCCCCUGCGCCCUUGCGCCUCCACGCUGCGACGCCCCCAGCCGCCUCCCCUGCGCCCGCCGCCUCCUCCCUUGCUAG